AUGUUCAACCCUAUCUUGUUCUUUGACAUCACUGUCCAUGGUGAGCCCUUGGGUCACAUCUCCUUUGAGCUGUUUGGAGACAAAAUUCCAAAGACAGCAGAAAACUUUCAUUCUCUGAGUACCAGGGAGAAAGGAUUGAGUUAUAAAGGUUCCUGCUUUCACAUAAUUAUUUCUGGAUUUAUGUGGCAGAGUGAUGACUUCACAUGCCAUAAUGUGAAUGGUUGGACACCCUUCUAUGGGGAGAAAUUUGAUGAUGAGAAUUUCAUCCUGAAACAUAUAAGUCCUGGCAUCUUGCCCGUGGCAAGUACUGGACCUAACACAAAUGGUUCCCAGUUUUUCAUCUGCACUACCAAGAAUGAAUGGUUAGAUGGCAAGCAUUUGGUCUUCGGCCAGCUAAAGGAAGGCAUGACUAUUGUGGAAGCCACCAAGUGCUUUGAGUCCAGGAAUGGAAAGACCAUAAAGAAGAUCACUAUUGCUGACUGUGGACAACUAUAA